AUGGGACAUAAGAAUUCCAGCACCGUCACUGAGCUGGUCCUUGUGGGAUUUUCCAAUCAUCCCCAAAGUGAGACACCCCUCUUCUUCCUGUUCUCUCUGGCCUACUUAGCAAAUUGUUUUGGAAACACAGCUGUCAUCACUUUGGUAGUUCUGCAUUCCUCUCUCCAGACACCCAUGUAUAUCUUCCUUUGUCACCUGGCCUUUCUCAACAUAUUUUUUAGCACAAUCGUGGUCCCCAAGAUGCUCUAUAACUUCCUUGCAACCAGGAAAGUCAUCUCUUACAACUUCUGCCUCGCUCAGACCUACAGCACCUUAUUCCUGGAGGUGACUGAGUGCUUUCUUCUUGCAGUGAUGGCACUGGACCGCUAUGUGGCCAUUUGUUUCCCACUGAGAUAUCUGCUCAUCAUGAACACGUCUGUGUGUGUGGCACUGGCUCUGGGAGCCUGGACCACAGGCUUUUUUGCUUCAGUGGUUCCUCUGUUCUUCACAAUCCUCCCACUCUGUGGUCCUUAUGUUGUUGACUAUAUUUUCUGUGAACUGCCCAUCCUUCUUCACAUGUUCUAUGCAGAUACAUCCCUGCAGGAGGCCAUGAUGCUUGCAGGAGGGGCUGGAACAGUGUUACUCCCCUUCCUGCUCAUUAUUCUCUCCUACCUGCGCAUCCUGGUGGCUGUGAUGAGAAUAGACUCAGUUGAGGGCAGGAAAAAAGCCUUUUCAACCUGCACUUCCCAUCUGACUGUGGUGACCAUAUAUUAUGGAACAGGAUUAAUCAGAUACAUGAGGCCCAAGUCUCUUUACUCAGCAGAGGGAGACAAACUGAUCUCCUUGUUCUAUGAGGUCAUCAACCCUAUGCUGAAUCCUUUCAUUUACAGCCUGAAGAACAUGGAAGUGAAGCAGGCUAUGGGAAGAGUUAUAGGAAAAAUACAAAAAUAA